CUAAAACUUAUAUUUUCCUACCAUAAGAUAGAUUUCUUACGUGCGCCUUCCUCUUCGACCGAGUUUCGCAAUUUGGUCAAACCACAUCGUUUUUAAUUUGGGUCAGUGAUCUUUCGACCCGGCAUCAUCUCUUCUGGUCCAAUAGUAAUGAAACUGGGCCAUGUUAGGCCCAUUUAUUAGCGGGACCAUCUUUGUUACAGUGCUCUUUCCCGCACCAUAACACUUGACUCCGUCGUCUCGCCGGUUGAUAAACCGCACCGCCUCUUGGUGACUCAGCAAGCACGUCGAGCAUAACUUGGUCGUCUCCAGCUCUAUCGACUCUCGAUACAUACGUGGUCUCCACCAGAAGAAGCCACGUGUGGAUGUCGUCAGUUCCACACAGAACACUCUUCGCAAUUUCUCUCAGAAUCCAUCUUCCUGCUACUCCUGGAACCUCCUCCUCUCUUCUCCGAUCAUCUUCUCCUUACGUUACCUUAGCUCGCUCCCUCUGUUUUAACUCGUCAGUUAGAUUUUCUCCGUCGAGUAUGCCUAAGAAGCAGAAAAAGAGAGCUCACGCUGAACAGAAAUGGCAAGUGAAGCCGAACAUGGAUGCUCCAUCUGAACCCAGCGAUCGUUCAGCAUCUAAUGUUGCAGAAGCAGUAAACGGCCAACUUGGUGGGUUGAGUCUUGAGGAAAGCAACACCAAUGUCCCUGUCAACCACAAUGUCCAAAAUCUAGUAUGGAAGCCUAAGUCAUACGGAACCGUUUGUGUAUCAUCUUCGGCUUCAGAAGUUGGUAAAGCAUCGGUUGUAUCACAGACGGGAGAUGCAACACCUCAAAAAGCUGGUCUCCAUCACAGCAAAGUUUUCGGAGGUAAUUUCUUGGAGAAUUUUACCGUGGACAAGUCGAGUUAUUGUCAUGCCCAGAUCAGAGCCACUUUCUAUCCCAAGUUUGAGAACGAGAAGACUGACCAAGAGAUAAGAACACGAAUGAUUGAGAUGGUAUCUAAAGGGUUGGCAACGCUGGAGGUUUCUCUUAAGCACUCAGGCUCUCUCUUUAUGUAUGCGGGUCACACGGGGGGAGCAUAUGCAAAGAACAGUUUUGGUAAUAUUUAUACUGCGGUUGGCGUUUUUGUUCUUUCACGUAUGUUCAGGGAGGCUUGGGGAACUAAGGCUUUAAAGAAGGAGACAGAAUUCAAUGGUUUUAUUGAGAAAAAUCGCAUGUGCAUAUCUAUGGAACUGGUAACAGCUGUUCUUGGAGAUCAUGGUCAACGCCCACAGGAUGAUUUUGUGGUAGUGACGGCUGUUACCGAGUUAGGUAAUGGUAAGCCCAAGUUCUAUUCAACUUCCGAAAUAAUUGCAUUUUGCCGGAAAUGGCGUCUACCAACAAACCACGUUUGGCUGUUUUCCACAAGGAAAUCAGCGUCCUCUUUUUUCGCCGCAUUUGAUGCACUCUGCGAAGAAGGGACAGCAACCUCAGUCUGUAGGGCUCUUGAUGAAGUAGCUGAUAUCUCGGUCCCAGGCUCUAAGGACCAUGUGAAGGUGCAAGGUGAGAUAUUGGAGGGUCUUGUGGCGCGUAUCGUGAGCAGUGGGAGCGCCAUAGAUAUGGCAAAUGUCUUGAGAGAUCAUCCUCCACCACCCUGUGAUGGAGCUAAUCUUGAUUUGGGACUCAGUCUAAGAGAGAUAUGUGCUGCCUAUAGAUCUAACGAGAAACAGCAAAUGAGAGCGCUUUUAAAGAGUGUUGGCCCAAGCUUUUGCCCCAGUGACUUGGAUUGGUUUGGAGAUGAAUCUGUUGAUUCUCAUCCUAAAAAUGCUGACAAAUCUGUUGUAACAAAAUUCCUGCAAUCUCAGCCUGCAGAUUAUUCGACUAGUAAAUUACAGGAAAUGGUACGCUUGAUGAAGGAAAAACGUAUUCCAGCCGCAUUCAAGUGUUACAACAAUUUUCAUAGAGCUAAUGACUUAUCACCGGACAACCUAUUUUAUAAAAUGGUUGUCCAUGUGCACAGUGAUUCAGGCUUUAGGCGUUACCAGAAAGAGAUGAGGAACAUGCCUAGUUUGUGGCCUUUAUAUCGAGGUUUCUUUGUUGAUAUUAAUCUGUUCAAGUCAAACAAAGGGAGUGAUCCGAUGGCUGUCAAAAGCAUUGAUAAUGCGGCCAGUGAAAAUUGUGGUCAACUAGGAAAGGAUGGUUUGGCUGAUGAUGAUGCUAACUUAAUGAUCAAAUUGAAGUUUCUCACAUACAAGUUGAGAACCUUUCUGAUCCGCAAUGGCCUAUCAAUUCUAUUUAAAGAGGGUCCAGCAUCUUAUAAAACCUUCUACCUUAGGCAAAUGAAAAUAUGGGGCACUUCAGAUGGAAAGCAGAAAGAACUUUGCAAGAUGCUUGAUGAAUGGGCUGCUUACAUAACAAAAAAGUGUGGGAAUAGGCAGCUAUCGUCAUCGAUAUAUCUUAGUGAAGCUGAGCCAUUCCUGGAGCAGUACGCGAAACGGAACCCAAAGAAUCAGGCUUUGAUAGGGUCUGCUGGGAAUCUUGUGAGAGCUGAGGACUUCUUGGCCAUUGUUGACGGUGAUCUAGAUGAAGAAGGCGAUCUUGUGAAGAAAGAGGGAGUGACACCAGCCACUCCUGAUCCAGCUGUGAAGGAAGCUGUUCAGAAGGAUGAGGGCUUAAUUGUAUUCUUCCCAGGAAUUCCUGGAUGUGCCAAAUCUGCACUUUGUAAGGAGUUAUUGAACGCCCCAGAAGGCUUUGGAGAUGAUCGGCCAGUGCAUACUCUGAUGGGUGAUCUUGUCAAAGGAAAAUAUUGGCCGAAGGUUGCUGAUGAACGUCGUAAAAAGCCACAGUCAAUUAUGUUGGCUGACAAAAAUGCCCCAAAUGAAGACGUCUGGAGACAGAUUGAAGACAUGUGUCGGAGAACUAGGGCUUCUGCAGUUCCAGUCGUUACUGAUUCUGAAGGAACCGAUUCAAAUCCAUAUUCACUUGAUGCCUUAGCUGUUUUUAUGUUCCGUGUACUUCAUCGAGUUAACCAUCCGGGGAAUCUCGACAAGGCAUCUCCGAAUGCAGGCUAUGUGCUAUUGAUGUUCUAUCACCUUUAUGAGGGAAAGAACCGCAACGAAUUUGAGAGUGAAUUGAUUGAGCGCUUUGGCUCCCUCGUCAAGAUGCCACUGUUGAGAUCAGACAGGAAUCCAUUACCUGAUCCUGUAAAAUCGAUUCUUGAGGAGGGCAUAGACUUGUUCCAGCUCCACAAUAGAAGACAUGGGAGACUUGAGUCGACAAAAGGAACAUAUGCAGCGGAAUGGACCAAAUGGGAGAAACGGCUGCGAGAUACUUUAGUUGCAAAUUCUGAGUAUCUCAAAUAUAUUCAGGUUCCUUUUGAGUCAGCGGUUCAGCAAGUGCGAGAAGAGCUAAAAAGAAUCGCAAAGGGUGAAUACAAACCACCAAGUUCACAGAAGACAAAACAUGGGUCUAUAGUCUUCGCUGCCAUCAACUUGCCUGUUACCCAAGUCAACAGUCUUGUUGAAAAACUGGCCGCAGAAAACCCGACAGUGAGAUCUUUUCUAGAAGGGAAGAAGAAGAGCAUAAAGGAAAAACUUGAACGGGCUCACGUGACGCUUGCCCACAAGAGAAGCCACGGGGUCGCAGCUGUAGCCAGCUACGGUCAGCACUUGAACAGAGAGGUACCAGUAGAGCUGACCGAGCUCAUCUUCAACGACAAGAUGGCUGCUCUUACAGCACAUGUGGGAUCUGUGGACGGAGAGACCAUAGUCCCCAAGAACGAAUGGACACAUGUUACCUUGUGGACUGCGGAAGGCGUUACUGCCAAAGAGGCCAACACUUUACCUCAGCUUCACUCCGAUGGAAAGGCGAACCGCACUGUGAUAGAUCCUCCGGUCUCAAUCUCAGGUCCUCUGGAGUUUUUCUGAAUACAAGUUGCUCGUGGAAUGGGACAGUUAUGCUAUUUUAAUCAGUUGUUACCAUUGUCAUGAGAUUUUGAGGUUAUGGAGCAUUUUCUUAUUAUUUGAUAGUUAAUGAAUCCAUUAACCAUGGCCACCUUACCUUAUUAAUAUUGGCCACUAACAACACUACGACGAUAAUUUCGAGUUUAGCUACAAAUCAAGUAAUUGAACCUGUCGGGUCAAUGUAUCUCAUUAUCGUUCGCUUAGCUCUGAGGAUAUCAGUUUGUAGCUAACCUUUACAGUUUUGGCAAUCCUUUCCUCUGAUCACAGUUGCUUCACCUUGCUUUGAUCGAAUUAGUACACAUAGGAUUUCCAUCUUUUCUUUAAAAGCUUCAUCUUUUUUUCUGUGUGC